ACACGAUUAUGUGCUUUCUUGGCAAAUAAGAGACUCAAAAUCCCAAAUCCAGUUCUGAAGCCUCUCUGUAGUCUCUACUUUUUCCUCUUCCCCCUCCUCUCUAUCAGCUACUGUACACCAUGGGUCAGGGAACUCCCGGCGGUCUGAACCGACAAGGAGGUGACCGAAAGAACGAUGGCGACAAGAAGGAGAAGAAAUUCGAACCGGCGGCGCCGCCUGCCAGAGUCGGCCGCAAGCAGCGGAAGCAGAAGGGACCAGAGGCGGCCGCGCGGCUGCCGACGGUGACGCCUCUGACGAAGUGCAAGCUGAGGCUUUUGAAGCUUGAGCGAAUCAAAGACUACCUUUUGAUGGAAGAAGAGUUCGUCACCAAUCAGGAGAGAUUGAAGCCCCAAGAAGAGAAGACCGAGGAGGACCGGUCCAAGGUCGACGAUCUGCGUGGAUCGCCGAUGAGUGUGGGAAAUCUUGAGGAGCUGAUCGAUGAGAAUCACGCUAUUGUGUCGUCGUCGGUGGGGCCGGAGUACUACGUGGGAAUCUUGUCGUUCGUCGACAAGGAUCAGCUUGAGCCUGGGUGUGCGAUUUUGAUGCACAAUAAGGUUCUUUCUGUUGUUGGACUUCUUCAAGAUGAAGUCGAUCCAAUGGUGUCGGUCAUGAAGGUUGAGAAAGCUCCAUUGGAAUCAUAUGCCGACAUAGGUGGGUUAGAUGCCCAAAUUCAGGAAAUCAAAGAAGCAGUGGAGCUUCCUCUGACACACCCUGAAUUAUAUGAGGACAUCGGUAUCAAGCCUCCCAAAGGGGUCAUACUUUAUGGAGAGCCCGGAACCGGCAAGACCUUACUUGCAAAGGCGGUGGCAAACUCUACAUCAGCAACUUUCCUACGCGUGGUUGGAAGUGAAUUGAUUCAAAAAUACCUGGGAGAUGGUCCAAAGUUAGUGAGGGAACUCUUUAGGGUUGCUGAUGAUCUCUCACCUUCAAUUGUCUUCAUUGAUGAAAUUGAUGCAAUUGGUACAAAAAGGUAUGAUGCCCACUCUGGUGGCGAACGUGAAAUUCAGAGGACCAUGCUGGAAUUGCUGAACCAGCUAGAUGGUUUUGAUUCAAGAGGAGAUGUCAAGGUGAUUCUUGCAACAAACAAAAUUGAAAGCCUGGAUCCUGCACUACUUCGGCCUGGUCGAAUAGAUAGGAAGAUUGAAUUCCCUCUUCCUGAUAUUAAAACAAGGAGGCGCAUUUUCCAGAUACACACAUCAAGGAUGACGUUAGCUGAUGAUGUCAACUUAGAGGAAUUUGUUAUGACCAAGGAUGAAUUUUCUGGAGCUGAUAUUAAGGCAAUAUGCACUGAAGCUGGUUUGCUUGCUUUGAGGGAGCGCCGUAUGAAGGUGAUGCAUGCUGACUUCAAGAAGGCCAAAGAUAAGGUCAUGUUCAAGAAAAAAGAGGGGGUGCCAGAAGGAUUAUACAUGUAAUGUUGCUCUCCUCUAUAUGGGCGCAGCCAUGUGUUACUUAAAUUUUCAAAAUUUGACAUUUUCAUUUUAUUUAAUUUGCUCUUUCUAAUACAAAAACAAGCCAUUCUGUCUGGAAGAAGUGUUUUUUAUUUUAUUUAAAUUUUUUUAUAUUUAACUGUGGAGUAUUAUUUGCUCUUUAUGAUAAAAAAACACUGCCAUCCCGAAUGGGAAGUUCUGUCA